AUGUAUAAUUAAAACCCAUAAAUGUAACAAUAAUAAUAAUAAUAAGCCCAACAAAUAAAAACUAUAAUUGGGACAGAUGAAGUAAGACAAAUAGUUAAAUGUUUAAAUGAUAAACCUUUUAACGAAAACUAUAAACUAGUUACUUUCGAUGAAUUAAAUCCAAUGGAAUUAUUAGAUGUAUUGAAUAAAGUACUAACACAUUUAGAUAAAUAAACAUUCGAAAACAUAAAAUCAAAGUAGCCAGACUAAAUAUCAUUAGAAGUUAUUUAGUUUUUAAAUAUUUUAAGUUACCCUGUACCUUAACCUCCAAAUGAUGUCUAAUUUUCAUAAUAAUUGCUUACAGGAGAUAAAAGAGUCAUAUAUCCAGUUUUAUAUUAUUUAUUGACUCGCUUAGAAGAACAUUAAAAAAGAGCUUUUUUGGCUAAAUACUUAGUUCCAUUUAUGGUUCCAGAAGAUAUUCCAUUAGACGAAGAUAUGAAAUAAUAAAUAGAAAAAUAUAAAGACUUAUAAGCUGAAUUUUAAGUUAGUCAUUAAGAAUUUGAAGUUAUAUCAUAAGAAUCUAAUAAUCCAACAGAAUUAAAGAAAGAAAUAACAAGCUUAGAAGGAGAAAAAGAGCAAUUAAUAAAUAAAAUAAAUGCUUUUAAGAACAAAAACACAAACAGACCUGAAUUCCAAGCUUUACUAGAAGUAACAAAUCUUUUAAGAAAAGAAUAAGAAGAAGAGGCUCGUUUAGCUGAAAAGAUAUAUUAAUAAAAAUAACAAUUCGAAUAUACAGAUUAACAGCUUUUAGCCUCCUAAUAACGAUUAAUGGACGCUAAAAAAAGCUUAUCGGCAUCAAAUACAGCCGAAUAAAUGCUAUAAAAUAUGAGAAACGAUGUAAAGAAAAACAGAGAACUAUCUAACUAGAGAUUCGCGAUUGAAAUAAACGAAAAAAAGAAGAAAUUAGAACAAACAGAAAAACUCUUAAGUGAACCUCCUAUUACACAAAACGAACUAAACCAUUUAGACAACUAAUUAAUUGUUUUAAGAAGAGCUGUUAAUAUGAUGGAAGAAAAGCUUUCGAAACAAGCAAAUCCUUAAGAUGAUAAAUUAGCAAUUUAUAAACAACAAGCAUAAAUGAUAACAAGAAAAAAGAAAAAGCUUUAGAAGAACUCAAAAAUACAGAAGAAGAAUAACUCAAUUUAGAAAAAUAAGUAGCAACCUUAUAAGAAAAAAUAAAUAAAGAAAGAGGUUAAGGAUUUGGCAAUAUUAAUAAUAUAAAUGGAUAUGACUGAUUCUGAAUAAAUGCUUAAAAAAUUGGAAAAACAAAAAGGUGUGGAAGGAUAUUCAGAUGCCUUAAGUAAACUUAACUAAAUUUCAGAUUAAGCUGAAGUGGCAAAUAAAGGAAAGGAAGUCGCCCUUGAAGAAUAUGGUUAAUUAGCUGAAAAAUAUAAUGCCACUAUGGCUUACUAAAAAAAACGUCUUAAAAGAAUAAAUUAAAAAUUUGAAAGAAUUAAGAGGCAGAUCAUUAAAAAGGAAGUAAACCGUUAAGUGGCCAAAAACGAAUCAAAAGGCGGAAAUGGUUAAGAAUAUGGGCAAAAUAUGAAUAGGUUAGUAUUGUGA